AUGAAGGCCGCCGUCUUUAUCAUUGCUCUCGCAGGCAUCAUCUCUGCAACACCGCAAGCAACCACUACGGAAAUUGGUCGCUGGUGUAGCGCUAGGCCACAUCUCUGUAGAAGAGAAGCCGAAGCUGCUACCGCCACCCUUAAGCCAGUUCUGCCAACAUACCAAGCGUGCGGUGGCCACGUCGUCAAUCCCAAAACCUGCCCAAAAGGUUACAUUUGCGUCGAUAACCCACGUACAUGUAGUCAAGCUGUUGACUGUCCUGGAAUAUGUGUUAUCCCGCAGGCUUGUGGAGGAUUUGCAGGUUUUCCUUGUCCAGCUGGGAAGAAGUGCUAUGAUGAUCCAAGGGAUGAUUGUGAUCCUAACAAUGGAGGUGCUGAUUGUAUUGGUAUCUGUAUAUAA